AGCCCCAUGGACCAGGCCCUGAGGGUUGUCGGUGGGACAGAGGCCCGCUACGGAUCACAUCCCUGGCUGGUCUCGCUGAAGAUGAAAGGAUCUCAUUUCUGUGGUGCGGCCGUCCUUACAGACAGCUGGCUGAUGACCGCGGCCCACUGCUUCACCUCCACCUCCAGAAACACCCUCGCUGGCAUCACAGCCGUGGUGGGAGAGUAUGAUCAAGGAUCACGUGAUGAAGAGGAGCAGGCCUUCCUCAUCAAGAACAUAUCCGUCCACGAGAGGUUCCACCACGCCGCCCCCAUGAGCUACGACAUCGCCCUGGUGGAGCUAGAGGGCCACAUUCAGCUGGGCACGUUCCUCUUCCUCUGUGCCACACACAGUACAUGUUACCAGAGAAUGUCUGAGUAGACAGGCUCUGAUAUUACUCUUUUUCGGUAUACAGUCUAGCAGGUUCAUUAAUAAAAUAAAAUGUCUAACAUAUAAUAUAUUUAAUUUAUCUGAGAUAAAAAUAUAGUUAUAAAUCCUUGUUGUGGAUGAAAUUCCUUCACUAUUACUUGGAUAUCCUUGUCCUUUUAAAUUAAUCCACUGUGUUUAUUGCUAGUCAUGUCGUUUGGUUGGUUGAAUUCUUAUCUUUCUAACAGAACCUGUGGGGUCACCAUCGGCAGCCACUCUUCCUCUACAACCCAACUAGCCUAUGGUGUACCGCAGGGUUCCAUUUUAGGUCCUAUUUUAUUUCAAUAGAUAUGCUCCCUCUCUGCCAACUUAUCCAGCGGCACAAAUGUUUCUUUUCACUGCUAUGCUGAUGUUACAAAGAUAUACCUCCCGCUGUGACCCAACGAUCCGAGAAGCCUAGCUGCUGUUUUAGACUGCCUCGAAGACGAGAACCGCUGGAUGGCCCAUAACUUCCGCCAACUUUUCAACUCCAAAUCUGAAAUAAUACUGUUCAACCCUCCGACCACCAUCACCAGUCCCAUCAGUCUCGGCCCAUUAUCCAGCAAUAUCAUGCCCACUGCCAGAAACAUAGGUGUCAUUUUAGAUUCAGACUUGUAUAGAGUUGUACAGUCCUGUUUUCUCCACAUCAGAACCAUUUCUAAAAUAUAUAUUUUUUUAUCACAACCCGACCUCAAAAAAGUAAUUCAUGCCCUCAUAUUCUCGCAUUUAGAUUACUGCAUCGUAAACGGCAUCAACCAAAAAUCACUCUCCCGCCUCCUGUUGGUUCAAAAUUCAGCAGCUAGGCUUCUCACUGGUUUUAACAGAUGACAUCACAUCAUUUGUGUCUUAGCUUCUUUGCACUGGCUCCCUAUCUGUUUUAGAAUCGAUUUUAAGAUUUUAUUGAUCACUUUUAAGGCUCGUCAAGGUUUAGCCCCUGAGUACAUAACAGACAUGCAGACCCCGUACGAGCCUCUCAUAGCCUUAGGUCCGCGGGUGAGGCCCUCCUUACUGUUCCAGGGAUGAGGCUCAAGACUACAGGUGAUCGGGUCUUUUUCACCAGGGCGCCUCGGCUUUGGAACGACCUGCCUGCGGAGAUAAAGCUUGCAGAAUCAGUAACUUUUAAAUUAUGCCGUCUUUUUAUUCUUUCUAUUCUCUUUCUAAAUGUCUUCCUAAAUGUAUUAUGUCAAAGCACUUUGUAAACCAUUGUUUUUAAAUAAAGAUAUUAUUAUUUUAUUUUUUUAGGAGCCCAUGUCCAGCCAAUCUGUUUGCCUUUACCCGAGGAGAGCUUCACAUCUCCA